UGCUCGUCCUCUUGUUCUCAUGGUGCACUCAAGCACAGGGAAUGGAUUCGAUAUACCGCGCGACGGCCGCCAGCUGGAAAAGCUUCCAACAGCUGGCGGCUGCGCUGAAGGACCCAGAACAUUGCCUCCUGAUGCCCCCCGGUAAAGUUGAAAACCAGUAUGACCGGUUGAAGCUGUGGUCAGGGAAUCUGGGCGCUUUGCAGACUGGAAGGGCCUCCCUGGAUUUUCGGCUGCGGGAGUCGACCGUGGUGCGCAUGAAUGUGCUCAAGCUGCUAAAUAAAUUGCAGCAGGCGUUGACUUUGAGCGUCGAAGUUGCAGCCGGAACACGGCUACCCUUGGAGAAACUUUCGCUACCCAAUGACUCCAGCGAUGAUGAGUCGUCCGCGGAAGACUCCGAUGAAGAGCCUCUGACAGAACUCGGUCUCCAUAUGAGCACAAUUACGGAGAUCCUUGCCGACUUGUACAGACUUGCUUUCAGGAUAAGGAGUACUGCUACGAGAUUGAGAUCACUAAAACCGUUGCUCUACAGGGAGGUCGACGAACAGACUGGCAUUGACGUGUUUGCCGGCUUUGGUUAUUUCGACAUACGGCAUGUAGAAGACUCGUUUAUCCAACUCCGGAGGGAAGCUGCCCAAAAAAUGUCUAUGGGCCUCUCAGAAGCUGUUAAGAUAACAGCAGAGGAUAGGGCUCUAAUCGAUCGUCUGGGAACGACAAUUACACAACGUCGAAAAUUUAUUCGCUACUGGCAAAGGCAUGCACAAAAGCUUGCGACUGUAGACAGUGAAGUCGUUCCACUUCGGCCUACUCCCACAGCGCUCAAAAAUUUAGGACGGAAGCUAGAGAUGCACGGUUCGACAGAAGGGCCCAAGCAAUUUGACGCUGCACCGACUCACAACACCGCCAAAACAACUCUUUUAUCCGAGACUGUUGCCACCAAGUACGAUCGGAAACUCGACGACAUGCUUGAGACACAAUCUUUCAUAUCGUAUGCGUCCACGACAUUCGAUAUGCACGGAGAACCAGUUGAUGUCCCACCUCCUCCUUCUGCCGCCAACAAGAGCCCGGAGUUUCUCUGUCCGUAUUGUGGGAUAAUGUGCCCAUCCAGUCAUGCAAGGGGGCGUGCCUGGAAGGCACAUAUUUUUCGAGACCUUCAACCGUAUGUUUGCACUUACCCAGCCUGCCCUGAUGGACUGCAAAUGUACACUACCCGACAUGCUUGGCUCGAGCACGAACGACUGGCGCACCGUCGUGUGUGGCAAUGUUUUGAGCAUCAAGCGCUCCUUUUUAAUUCGAAAUCCGAUUUGCGUGAUCAUCUCGAAUCACAGCACAACAAUAUCACUGGGGCCCAAAUUGAGAAUUUCCUUGAGAUUUCAGAAUCUAGUCUUAAAGACCCGCGAGAAAAAUGUCCCAUCUGCCUACUAGAGCGGCAGUUCUACCAACGGCUAGAUAAGCACCUGUCCUUCCACCUAGAGCGGUUCUCGACUUUUUCAACUUCUGGAAUUAUCCCAAAGGACGACGGAAAGGACGAAUCCGAUAUUGAUAACCAAUCCGCAAGACCUCGUGCCCGAGAGUCCAUUCAUUCAGCUAGUUUCGGUACCCUAAGUUUUGAAACCACCCCACGAUCCGUGACACCCCCAUUGGAGGAAUUCACGCUUCCGGCCGAUAUACAACCCGUUCUUCAAUCCGAUUACCUGCCACCAACAUCUCAGGGUAGCAUUGAAGUUGGAAAGAAGGAAAUCGAAGAUAUGAAAGAUGAAAAGAUAGAAGAUGACGAUCCUGAACGUACCUGGGCCUAUUUGGUGCCUAUAACUCGCAAUGGUGGUAGCAUUAUGUCACUCAAACAUGAGGCUGCCCCCCAUGCUGUUUCAAUCAGUGAUGAGAGCAAACCUCUUGCUCGAAGACCGUUUUCAGCAAAAUCAUAUUUAAUUGGCCGACAUCCCGAGUGCGAUUUGAUUCUCAAGUCUGCAACAGUAUCAAAUCGCCACUGCAUAAUAUAUUGCGAAGAGAAGAGUGGAGCUACUGUUGCAUUCCUACAAAACCUCUCCUCCAACGGGACCUUUGUUAACGAAACGUUCGUAAGGCGCAACAAUAGGCGGCAACUUGCGGAUGGAGAUGAGAUAGCUAUCACCCUCGAGUAUCGGUUUAUUAUCAAGUACUCACGAAAGUCCCACACGAAGAGUUUCAGCGAGAAAUACACCAUCAUUAAACCAGUUGCAAGGGGUAAUUUUGCGACAAUAUACUCCUGCGUUGAACAGUCCACGGGCAUUAUGUAUGCGGUAAAGAAGCUGGAGAAGCCUAAUGACGCACUUAGGCUGGGUAUGCAAAGAGAAAUUGCUGCGCUUAUGACGAUCAGACAUCCCGCCCUACUUCCUCUGGAAGAGCCAUUCGAUGAGAUUGAUGCAUUGUAUUUGGUCAUGGAGCUUGCCCCUGAGGGUGACCUUUUCGAUCAGAUCGUGUCGCGCAAGAAAUUGACCGAGUCCGAAACCCGCAUCGUCUGCUUUCAACUAUUUCAAGGGGUCAAAUAUCUGCAUGAACGGAAUAUUAUACAUCGAGACAUUAAACCAGAAAAAAUCCUGGUCUUUGACAAGGAUUUACGUAUCAAGCUCCAUGUCGAAUUAACAAUGACGGUUGCAAACAGCGCAACGGACAUGUUCGGGUCCGUCGGUUAUGCUGCGCCUGAAAUCCUCACGAGACCCUCUGGUACGGGGCCAUAUACACAUGCCGUAGAUAUCUGGUCUCUCGGGGUGGUGUUGUACAUCUGCCUUUGCGGAUUCCCUCCAUUUUCAGAUGAACUUUACACCCCAGAAUUCCCUUAUAACAUUACACAACAAAUUUUAAAAGGUCUAUUCAGUUACCCAUCCCCGUACUGGGAUUCUGUUGGCGAUCCAGUGCUGGAUCUUAUCGACAAAAUGCUCUUGGUGAAUCCGAAGGAUCGCUUGACCAUAGAGGGCUGCCUCGAACAUCCAUGGCUUAUAUCCGGAGACUCCUCUCUUCCAGUUAUCACAAAAAGCCCAAUUGAGACAAUGGAAGAAUGGAGGCCGACCAAACUAGAAGCUGAACAAGCAGGAGAAUUGUCGAGUGCUUCUCAUCAGGCAAAAUCUUGAGUCUCCUCAAGGCAGGUUACCCGCCGAUAGUUCCAACGAAGUUCUCUUUUCCCGACACUGUGAUAAAGAAUGUCCUGAAAAAGCAUAGUUACCUCAAGCAAGCCGGCUAUUAGAAGUUACGAGACAAAGGUGCAGGCAACAUGCGCUUUAAUUGCUUCCAUCAGGCUGUAAGAGCCGAUUUUUAUUUAUUUAUUUUAUCUUAUUUUCUAAUAAUUUUUGGGUGUAUAUAAUAACUGAGGUCAGACGUUUAUUCGCUGCCGUUUGAAGC